GAACCUGGAUGCAGCAAGACCUCGCCGCCACACAGGAUUCCGGCUUGGAGCUCUCCAAGCGGCGGGGCGAUGAUUUCUGCCUCGAGGACUGCAGCAUCGGAUGGACCGAUGGCGACCGCUUCGGUGGCGUGCGCAGCCUGAACCUGCGCGUGACUCCCGGCGAGCUCUUGCUCAUCUCUGGCCCUGUUGGGUCUGGCAAGACGCUUCUCUUGGAAGGCCUUGCGGGCACGAGGACGACAGAAUCAGGCGUUUGCCAGCGCGCGGGGCGCAGCACAGCCUUCGUGGCACAGCGACCCUGGCUGCUAAAUGGCAGUCUCCUAGAGAACGUGCUCUUCGGCCAGCACGAAAUGCCAGAGAAGCUGCAGCGAACGCUCGAGUCCUGCGCCCUGAUGCAGGACUUGGAUGCGCUGCCCUCCGGGAUUCACACCCUCGUUGGAGAGGAGGGGGUGCAGCUGAGCGGAGGGCAGAAGCAGCGUGUCUCCCUGGCGCGGGCCGUCUACAGCAGUGCCGAGGUGGUGCUCCUCGACGACGUGCUGUCUGCCUUGGAUGCCCACGUCGGCCAGCAUGUUUGGGAGAAGGCUAUCUGCGGAGCCCUCGAUGGGCGCACGCGCGUCCUGGUAACCCAUCAGAUUCAGUAUUGGUCGCACCCCGCGGUGAGCCGGAUCCUCAUGCUGCGAAAGGAUGGAUCAACCGAGUUCUUAGGCACUUACCAAGAGCUGUCGGCUGAGCCUUCGCUUCAGCCGCGCUUAUCCCCUGCGCGCACGGGGUCUUCAGCACAGGAGGCCCCGACAGAGCCGCAGCCCUCAGCAGCCCCUAAGCCGGGCGCUGCGGCCCCGUCUCGGGAGCAGAGUUCCCAAGAGAUGAGGCGUACCGGCCACAUUCUACGGGCCGACCUCCUUGCUUACGCCAAGGCCUGUGGCGGCUUGGGUGGCGUGUCAGUGAUUGCAGUGCUGAUGGUGGCUUACUACGGGGUACAGCUCGCCUCGAGUCUGCAGCUCGCGGCCUGGUCCAACGCGAACGUUGCGGCAGAGGACUCUGGGCACCCAGAGGCCCGGGAUCAGAGCCGCCGGUACCUCGUGCAGUAUCUGAUCCUCUGCCUCCUGACUGGCAUCAGCUGCUUCAGCUUCUUCUACGGCAUUCAGAUAGUGGCCCUGCGAGCGUCCAGAGAGAUGCAUACACUCUUCGUGCGAGGCCUCAUCCGCACGGAGCUGCGCUUCUUCGACCUCACUCCAACCGGCCGGGCACUGAACCGAUGCCUCAAGGACAUGGCCACACUCGAUGACAACAUGCCAGCGGCGUUCCGAAUGCUCUUCGAGUGCUUCAUGAACUGUUGCAUCUCCCUGCUGGUACUCGGCCUCUAUGCCUGGGAAGCCCUGGUCAUCGUACCGCCCUUCAUGGUUCUCUACUGGAUGAUCAUGACUGUCUACCGCUGGCCAGCACGCGACCUGAGGCGGCUGGAGGGCGUGUCCAGAUCACCCGGCAUGAGCCACUUCUCCGACUCUGUGAAGGGCGCAAACACGAUUCGAGCAUACGGCCACGAGGCCCGAUUCCUUCAGCAGAACUUGAACCUCUUGGGACAGACUCAGAGGACCGUCUAUUGGUUCUGGGUGGCACAAGCCUGGGUUUCGACGUCGCAGGAGGUCCUGGGGACUGUUGCGCUUGCCGUAAUUGCCGGCGUGGUGGGCUACCGUGCCUACGUGGGCUCCCUGAGCCCAGGCCUUGCCGGGCUAGCGCUGUCCUAUGCCAUGAGCAUGCCGAGGGACCUGAUGUAUCUCUCGCGCCGUUGGGCCAGCAUGGAGGUUGAGUUCGUGUCCAUCGAGCGGAUCAUGGAGUAUGCGCGCUUGCGGACGGAGGAGGAGGCCGCGCCAUCGCUCGGCGCUUCUGCAACGGCGCCAGCAUCCGUUGCGGUUUUCGCGCAGGAUCUCUAUCUCCAGUACGAUUCAGACUCACCUCUCGUCUUCAACGGGCUCUCGCUUAGCAUUCCGCGCGGCGCUCGCGCGGCAUUGGUCGGGCGCACGGGCUGCGGCAAAAGCAGCUUUCUCUCUGCGAUCGUUCGCCUCUAUCCGCUUCAAAAGGGACAUCUUCAGGUCCAUGGCCGGGACGUGCACAGCGUCUCUUUGGCCGCGCUGCGGUCGACCGUGCGGGUGCUGCUGCAGGAUCCGAUCUUCUUCACCGGCACCAUCCGCUCAAACCUGCUCUCUCAGCCUCCGCGAGCCACAGCGAGUGGUACACAGGCGAGGCACAGUGGUGAAGAGGAGGCCCUGUGGAACUGCCUCCGCAAGGCUGGCCUGGAGGACCGCAUCGCUUCGCUGGCGAAGGGUCUAGAUGUCGAGGUGGAGGAGAACGGAUUGAACUUCAGCCAAGGCGAGAGGCAGCUUCUUUGCCUCGCGCGCGUCCUCAUGGAGCGGCCAGAGGA